GUUUUUCUGGUGUUUUAACCAUUAGUGACUGAGUAUAAUGAUAAAGAACAUAGAUAAACCUAAAAUUAAUAUGAAAUUAACUAUCAGACGUUUCCAAUACGAAUUCCUCGAAUGAAAUAUUGAUAAAUUGUAUCUACCAUAAGCUAACAAGUUGAUUUUAAUUUUUGGAAUUGUUUGUAUUGUUUUUGAUAUUAUUAUUAUACAGAGCACAUAGUUCUAAACAUGGUUCAGCCUAACUUUUACGAACAUACUGCCAACAUGAAAUUGAAAAUCGUUUUCGAAGAUAAACUCUUCUUCGCGUAUCUCAGUCUACCUAUAACCUUAGAAAUAUUGUUUCAAGAAAUAAAGUGUCUUUGUAAACUUUCUACGGGUCAAACUUUUACUAUAAAAUGGAUAGAUUCCGAAAGUGAUCCGUGCACUAUAUCGUCCCAAACGGAACUUGACGAAGCCAUUCGCUUAAACCAAAUCAAAGAACCAAUAGUUUUACAUGUGUUUAACGGUGUACCGGCCCCCGGACAAUUCUGUAUAGGAGAAAAUAAAUUUAUUUAUAAAAGAGGAGCAAAAAGGUGGCGAAAACAUUAUAAAAUCAGCGGGCACUUAUUCGAACCUAGAAGGUUUAAAAUUAGGUCGUAUUGUGCUUAUUGUUUGGGACGAGUAUGGGGACUAGGUAAACAAGAUUUAAAAUGCACACUGUGUAAUAUUUUAGUGCAUGGUAAAUGUUAUAAAAACAUCGGAGUAUCUUGUGUUAUGGAAGCAAAACAUGUUUAUGAAAAACAAAAGCGUUUCUCUUUAUCCGAUUUCGAUUUAUUGAAAGUGAUCGGAAGAGGAUCGUACGCGAAAGUUUUGUUGGUGGAAUUACGGCGGACGAAACGUUUAUACGCGAUGAAAGUGAUACGAAAAGAUGGAAUCAGCGAUGACGAUCUGGAAUGGAUAAGGACUGAAAAGCGCGUUUUCAAAUUAGUCUCGAAUCGUCCUUUUUUCAUUGGUCUUCAGUCGUCUUUUCAAACGUUAACGAGAUUAUUUUUUAUCAUGGAAUUCGCUAGGGGCGGGGAUUUGAUGAAUCACAUGCAAAAACUGAAAAAACUUCCGGAGAAUCACGGGAGAUUUUACGCGGCAGAAAUUUCUCUAGCGUUAAAUUUCUUACACAACCAUGGUAUCAUUUAUAGAGAUUUGAAAUUAGAUAACGUUCUUCUGGAUCACGAAGGUCACGUCAAAUUAACAGAUUACGGAAUGUGUAAAGAAGGAGUAGAUUCCGUUAUGGGUACUACCACUUUUUGCGGCACUCCUAAUUAUAUCGCACCAGAAGUACUAGAAGGGAAAAACUACGGGUUUACAGUCGAUUGGUGGGCUCUAGGUGUGUUGAUUUAUGAGAUGCUGGUAGGUAGGUCGCCUUUCCUCUCUGAAAACUUAUUAGAUUAUUCAGAAGAUUGUCUAUUUCAAAUCAUUCUACAGAAACCUAUAAGGAUACCAAGAAAUUUGAGUACUAAAGCAUCCAACGUGUUGAGAGGAUUUUUGAAUAAGGAUCCUUUGCAUCGAUUGGGUUGCAGAAAACCUGAAGGAUUCAAUGAGGUCUUAAGACACCCGUUUUUUCAAUCUAUACAAUGGAAUAAACUUGAAGCUAAACAAAUCAAGCCACCAUAUAUACCGGAUUUGAAAGGUAAAAGAGACUUGUCCAAUUUUCCUGCUGAAUUUUUGAACGAAACCGUUUUCUUUUCAUUGCAAGAUUCGGAAUUGAUAAACACAUUGGACCAAUCAAUUUUUCGGGGUUUUGAUUACGUUAAUCCGUUCUUAAUGUCGGAAGAUAUAACUGUGUUAUAAUGUGAUGAAUAAAAAAAGCAAUAGGGUAUUUGACAUGUAAAUUAUUUAUAAUAAUUUUAUAUAUAUUCUUAUCACAUAUAAAACCAAGUUUGUGAAUCUACGCUUUAAGCUUCACGUUAAAACCAUCUAUAUGGCGGUGCAAUGACGUCAGUACAUAGUAAGCUUGCGAAUAGUUAAGGCGUUUUUUAAUUUUUAUUUGUUUUUAUGUUAUAAAACGUCUUAAAAAUAUUUACAAGUAGUAUAUAGUGCAUUAUUAUACUAAUACUUCAUUGAAAAUUAUUUAUUCAUCUUCCUACAACAAUAAAGAAACAAAAGUGAUUACAACUUUUUCGAAGGGAUCCAGAGACUUUAUCGACUACAAUUUUGUUUCUCAAAUGGAUGAAUUAAUUAUUUUCGCUCAGAUAAUGACUGUAACCUCAUCCGAUAAUUUAAUUUGUUCAAUGGAACGUGGAUAAAUAAGAUGAAAACGAACCGAAAAGUAACUAACGAAAUUAGCGAAAAUAUUGUGAAAAAAAAAUUCAGCGAGUCUAGAGUUAACAGCAUACAAUAUCAUGCAAUGGAACCUCAGUGGUAGAAUAAUAGGCCCAGGACAAAAUGAUUAAAAGAAGUGGAAGAUGUCUUAAGUAGUGUAGGAGUAGGUCCACCCCAACAAGAAAAUCUAGAGAUUAUUUUUGCGACGUUACCCCUCGAGGGGUGUUGAGCCAUCAUAAUUAUUAUUAAUAAAACAUGGGUUCCGGUUACAUAAAUACUGAAAAAUAUCACAAAAAUGUAUACAACUUUCCGGAUAAUCAUCGUUGAAAUCUUGAUGUAACUGAAUUUUGUAUUAAUGGUACUUUUCGUGUAUUAGAUCAUGUAAUAACGAGAUACGCCUGUAAUUUGACAUGUAGUAUUACAAAAAUUUAUCUUCAACACUUAAUACAACACAAAAUUUCACACUGAUACCUUACAACGUUUAGAAAUUUGAAUGUUUUUAGCAAGACUAGUUUCUUUACAAUUUUUUCAUUUUUGCCAACUAUUGAUCGGCUAAUAGGGCUAAAUAGGUAGUUUGUGUUAAAAAAAAACUUAUGCCGAGGCCUCGUUUUAUCUCCACACCCUAUAUAAAAACAAUUUUAUGAGUUGGGUUUCAUUUGUAAUGUGGUAAUAAUAAAAGAAUCUAUGGAUGCUUUAUUAUUUUUAUGUAUAUAUUAUGUAUAUUUUAUUUAAUAAUAAACUCAUAUGAUAUUUAUAAUAAAAUUAUUUUCAUGU